AUGGCGACCCCAACGCCCUCGACCAACACGCCCUCCAAACACCUUCCCACCUUCUCCUCGCCCGCCCCGCGAAGCGUUCCCCACACCGGCACUAUCAACAUGAUGUCCUAUGACUCGCCCGCUGUGCUUAACAUGCUCAACGAUGCGAGCUCAGCCAUGGGCGGCGUGGGCAUGGGCAUCACCAUGAGCGGACUCGGCAUGUCCAGCCUCGGCAUAAGCGCAAGUUCCAUGGGCCGCGCAGACGAAGCAGAGCGAAGCCGGCGACUGCAAAACAUACUGCAGACCGUCGGAGCGAAACCAGGGCGUGUUAGUGAAGCAGGACUUCUCGCGCUGUGCAAGAGCAUGGGCAUUGCGUGUGAGCGGGCGCCAGAUGACCCGGGGACAUGGAGUCUUUUGAUCGGAGACGAGAUCUUAUGCGACGUCACGUUCAAGAACGACGAGAUUUACAAUGUCAGUCUGCAGACGAGAUUGGAUGAGUCGAAGCCGGAGUUGCGUUUCGGCGCGACAGGAUCACAGAUUCUCAUGAAGAGUUUGAGGCCGCUGCCUGGGCAGAGCAAGAUCAACAAUACGCUGGAUCGGUUCGCAGAGAGUUUGGGAAAACUCAAUGCGCUGACGGUGUUGGGUACGGAGCAUGGCGGGGGGGUUAGCUGCUACGAUGCGAUAGCAGGCGUGUAUACGAGUCUGAGGAGGUUGUUUGAGCAUGAGAAGAAAGCGGCGCUGGCUGCAAGGGAGCCGGAUGAAAGAUUUCGAAGCCACAAAGCGGAAAGAGAGGUACUGUGCAAGAAGAGUGGGCGGCCACGGAUGAACGGGGGCUCGUGUCUGGGACUGAGUCUGGAGUAUUGGAUGGAGAGACGACAUUUGAUUCCCAAGGAUGCAUCCGUACAAUCUGAGAAGGGCAAGGAGAAGGUAAGCGACGAAGUGAAUGGUACUACCGAAGGCGCUGCAGCCGACGAUGAAGGCCUGUAUUCUCUUACCAUCGAAUGCGAGUCCUGUCAAUCCACCCUCUACACACCCAUUCGCGUCUCUGACGAAUGGAUCGGUGAGAGCAUCGAAAAGGCCGUGGACGCCAACGACACCAAUGCCUCCAUCGACAACAUCUUACUGAACCGACCCUCGAUCAACUGGCUAGACCCCAAGCCCACGUACCUCGACACCUCGGCCCAAGGCGAGGACGCGAUGAACAUCGACUCCGCAGGCCGUCUGCCCAACAUCCGCUUCGUCGCCAAAUUCAACCCCCCGCUCAUCGUCCCGCUAGCCGUGCACAUGCAGCUCUACCAGAUUGUAGGCAUCGAGCCCCGCAUGGAAGACUACAAGCCCAUGACCUUUGUCGGGCUCGCCCUGCGGCCCGGUGACGAGGAUCCAGGCAGCAUGGCCACGGCCGGGGAAUCGACGCUCGAGAUCCAGAGUUCCCGCACCGUCCUAUACCGGGACACAGAGGGCAGGGAAAAGUCGCGAACGCACGACAUGAGUCUGUACGUGCCAAAGAUGGAAUACAGUCGCACGCUCGACAGCCUGCCCUUUAGCCACCCGAAACAACUGGUGGAGAUUCUGCCGACGCUGCGACAGUACGCGGCGACGACGAGUCUGAUGCGUGAUGCAUUUUUCGACCCGAAGCGCAGCGGGCCAAAGGCCGGGAUGUCCCAGGCGUUAUCGUCACCGCCGCUUACGCCGCCACGGCGUGGUGGCCAUGUGCAAGGGGAGAAGCAAGGGGAACGGGAUAGUCUUCAGAUUGAUGUAAAUCUCUCCUACACUCCGCCUCCACGCUUCACAAUCUUGAUUCCCCAACCAAACUCCACCCCUCCAUCUACUUCCAACCACACCACCAACGAUAACACCGCACCCCCAAAUCCCCAAGACAUGCCCAUCUCCACCCUCCUCUCCUCCCUCCUCUCCCCCGCAUCUCCCCCCCCUCACAUCCCCCCCUCCCCCCCCAAUCCCAUUAGCAUAACAAUCGACGUCCACCCCAACGCCACGCUCCUCGUCUCGGAAACCACAUUGUUCCCGCCGUCUCGGGGCACGGCGGACGCCCAUGCCGUGGACGGUGCGGUGCAGCAUGAGGGCGGCAGCUUGCACGGGGAUGAGCGGGCCAGGAGGGUUGCGCAGGCGUUGGAGAUGCAUCGAUCCAUCCAAGUCGGAGAUUUUAAAAUCAACAUCCAAAUCCAAGAUUUUGUAAUUCUCGCAUUAUAUAUGAGAUUUCUCGUCUUGUCCCUUGCAUGUUUCAUCUUGCCUUGCAUGUUUAUCAACCGUCAACCGUCAACCGUCAACCGUCAACCGUCAACCGUCAACCGUCAACCGUCAACCGUCAACCGUCAACCACCACGUAAACAAACGACAGGAUCAAGUAACCCAGUGUAUAAUCCAGCCCAGCUUGGAGUAGCACAGUAUACAUGUAUACCGUCUAUAAAACUACAGUACAUGCGAGAUCGCACCGACGUUAACAAAGUCAGGCCACUGCACUGCACUGUGGCUAAACCAUACUCCCAAUCGUUUCGAACAAGUCCAACAGUUUACACAAACAUCCUACACAUCCCACAAUCACCAAAUCACCAAUCACAAAUUACACACCACAUCAAAUCACAUCACACAUCACAAUCAUAA